UUGGACAGAAUUUCAACAGAGCCAUUGCGCUUUCUCUGUAUCAUUCUAACCUGCGCCCACCUAACUGAUCAAACAUCAGAAGAAUCAAGAGAGAAACAAUGGCGUGGUGUGCUUUGAAACCCUUCCAUGUUCCUAUGAUGAAAGUCGGCGCGCUUUGUCCUCGGGCUCCUUUAGCCAUCGGCGGCUUCGGCUGCGCUUCAGUUGUCGGCACCAGCCUCUGGAGCUCUUCUUUUAACCGAUCCUUUGCUCUGCCCUUCGCUUCAUUAAGCACAACCACCGCUUCUCCUAAAAAGGAGGCUGUUAAGACUGGGAAGGCUCCAGCAGCAUUGGGACCAUAUUCUCAAGCAAUCAAAGUCAACAACCUUCUAUUUGUUUCUGGUGUUCUAGGUCUUAUUCCAGAGAGUGGGAAGUUCAUCUCAGAUAGUGUUGAGGAUCAGACAGAACAGGUACUAAAAAAUAUGGGUGAAAUACUAAAAGCUAGUGGUGCUGACUAUUCAUUUGUUGUAAAGACAACAAUCAUGUUGGCUGACCUGAAAGAUUUCAAAAAAGUAAAUGAGAUCUAUGCAAAAUACUUUCCUGCACCAUUUCCCACCCGCUCAACAUACCAGGUAGCAGCAUUGCCGAUGGAUGCCAAGAUUGAAAUUGAGUGCAUUGCUGAACUUCCCUGAAAACUUGAACUCUGGUGUCAUUUAGGGACUUGGCUAACUUCAGAUAUUGCUCAAGUUAAUAAAGUGGGAUGGGGGUGAAGUGAAUAUGACAAUUGUGGUCUACUUUUGUCUUGCUCUCCUCAACUGUUGCUGUAAGUGCGACACUAUCGGCGAAAUAGUGGUUUAGUGGACAUGAUUUAGAGCAAUGGAUAAGCCCCAAUGCAAUUCUGGAAUUGGGAAUGGACAAAAAAUGAUGACUUUAAAAAUUUUUUAAUUAAAACUUUGUUGUAGUGGUGUUAUCAGCCAAUGUAUCAUUUCAAGAUUUACACCAA